AUCAUAACAUCCACUCUUAACUGAAGGCAAACUCAGGAAUAUUCCUGGUUAAAAAGCAGUGCUCCAGGAUCCGGAUCCAACCAUUGGAUGAUCAUUUCAAUCAAGUGUUUUAAUUGGUUGUUUGUAUCAUCAUUCAAAUAGAGCAUUUUGGAUGGAUUUAAUAUAAUUUAAGGGAAAAUAACCAUCAAACUCAGGCUAUGAACUUGUGUUUAAAACAUAUGGGUGGAGAUUCGUUCGAUUGGAUAUAAAAGUGUGGAUAUUAUCGAAGAAACUACACAGAUUCUGUGGAUCUUAACCUUUUUGUGAGCAUUGGAUUUUAAGCUACAUCACUAACAACAGUCUGAAAUUUAUUGGUGCUCCCAGUGAGCGUGGUAUGUAGCCUAUAUGUCGAUGCUCAUCAUGAACCCUGCGCCAGGUUUGGGAAGCGACCCUAUGGUUGGAGAUCUGGGGCUCAAACACCCGCAUUCUCAAGGUAUGACCAUGGAACAGAUGUCGUACAAUAUGGAUGCCAUGCUCUUCCAACAGCCAGCUGCCCCGCAGUAUGGCUCCUAUGGCAUAUACCACAACCAAGGCUUGAUGUAUGACAGUCAGGGAAUGUACAAUGAGCUACAGUCGCCCUCGACUAUGUCGGAACAGAGCCUGUCACCGUCUCCCCCGCCUCCCCCACGCAUGUACAAGCCCUGCGUUGUUUGUGUAGACAAGUCUUCGGGCUACCAUUAUGGGGUCAGCUCGUGUGAAGGUUGUAAGGGAUUUUUCCGGCGCAGUGUUCAGCGCAAUAUGCAGUAUACCUGUCACAAGGAAAAGAACUGCAUCAUCAACAAGGUGACUCGGAACAGAUGCCAGUACUGUCGCUUACAGAAAUGUUUUGUCAUGGGAAUGUCCAAGGAAGCGGUAAGAAAUGAUCGGAAUAAGAAGAAGAAGGUUGCGAAACCAGAGGAACAAUCACCUUCACCUGAAGAGCAGCCUGUCACGGAUGAAGAGAUGCUACUUCUACAGGAAAUCUUGGAAGCGCAUCGGGCUACCUACUCAAAAGAAGACAUUGUGCCCCUGUCCCCACUCAACAUCAACAGUAUAAAACUUGUCGGAUUGUCUGAGCAGUGCCGAGAAAAACGAGACUCCAAAUCUGAGCUGCUAAGUGAAGUUGAGAGAAAGGAUCAGAAAAAAGAACUAACAGCUGAGAGCAUCAUGUUAUGGGAGAAGAUCACAGAGCUGUCAUCAAGAGGCAUUAUAAAAAUUGUUGACUUUGCUAAGAAGAUUCCUGGAUUCCUUGCUCUGAGCACUACAGAUCAAAUAACAUUACUUAAGGCAGCUUGUUUAGAGAUUAUGAUUUUGAGAUUGAGUUCGAGAUAUGACCAGGAAACAGACACAAUGAUCUUCAGUGGGGGUAUGAAGGUGACACGGGAACAACUCGAGUCAGCCGGGUUUGGGUCAUUAACGGCAACAAUAUUCAGGUUUGCAAGGUCAUUGCGAGAAAUGGAGGUGGACGAGACCGAACUGGCAGCACUGUGCUGCAUCUGCCUUAUUUCAGGAGAUCGUUCAGGUCUAGAGAACUCAGAGAAAGUAGAUGAAAUGCAGGAACCGAUAUUAGAGGCAUUAAAACACUACGUGAAGUCACGUCGGAAAGAAUGUCCUCAGAUUUAUGCUAAAAUGUUGAUGAAAAUUACAGAUCUCAGGAGUAUAAGUGUAAAAGGGGCCGAGAGGGUGUUGCAUUUGCGGUUGGAAAUGCCCGGAGAGUUGCCUCCCUUGAUCAUUGAAAUGUUAGAUCGGACAGAGAAUGUCUGCAUCCCUUGACACUCGCCAUCUUGCCCACGAGUAAAUUCGCCUCUAUCUUGGCUCAUUUCAAUUGCUACACGAUGAACAAAACUUCAGGGAUUUUUUGUGCAUACAAUUGUUUUUGGAUCAAAGUUUCAUCAACAAGUCAUUUAGUGUUAAAGCUGUUGGGAUGCAGUUGAAGUGCAUCAGUUAUUUUUUUAUGGCAGUUAGCAUUAGCAGCGGAUUAUUUUGUCUCUUUGCUUUUAAAAUUGGCCAUGAUAUACUUGGUUGCAAGAGAGUUAGAGAUUAUUGUUGACAAAAAAACUGUUCAAACACUUGCUGAUGUUAUGGUUAUAAUUAGAAAAACCAGCGGAGUAUUUUGUGCAAGGGAGACUAUUGAACCUCCACAUGCUUUUCAAAGGGAAGUAACUUAAUUGCCAUGUGUAUCAGUUAUGUAAUUGAAGCCUACAUCAUCAAGUUUGUUGCCAUAUGGGAUGCCAGUGUUUUGGCUUAGGGUUGUGAUCAAUGAUCAAAUGACUGGAGUUCUCGAUGCAUUGGACCCUAUUCACCAAAUGAGACAAUAUUGGAAACAUGGCAAAAUAUGGAGCAAUGGUUUAGAGCACAGGAAAAUUUGUGCGUUUAUAGGGAUGUUUUCACAGUUUAGGGUUCGAAAGACAUUUAUCUAGAAACACUUACAACCAGAUAUUGUACAACCAAAAUAUUUUGUCCAAUAGGCUGGUGUAUAAUUGGGCUUUCAAAAAACUAACCAAAAGUAAUCAACAGUCAGAUUUCAGUUUCAUAAUUUUCUUUCACAGCCAAAACCUGUGGGACUGCACCAUUUGUGAGACAAUUUCACACAACUACACGAUGAUAUUACCUGUGGCUUGUUAACUCAUUUAUUCUCGGUGAACACUAUUAUACUCAUG